UCUCUGUGAAAGCAAGGUAGUUUGCGAUUUAAACUAGAUACUUUGUGAUUUUUCAACAAUCCUAGUGUGCUUCACGAACCCCUGCAAACCCAGGAAGUCAUGAACCGUUCCAUCRAYACAGAUGAUCGACCAGUCCCGGUUAUUGCCGUGGACAUGAUCGUGCCUAUGAUCGAGGAUUUUUUGUGGUCCAUUUCCUUGGAUCAGACGCUGGAUUUGGCUUUAGGUAAACCUGAUAGCGAAACCAAAUCCGGUUUAAAGGAGCUGCUGUUAAACCUGGCSGAGGAAUGUACCACCUUCAUUCUCCACAGCAUCCGAAAUGGACGAAUYAUAUCUCAGGAUGUGGACACCGUCGUUGGCGAUGUCCUGCUAACGACAUUUACAGACAUCCUUCAGAUUAGGGAGAAAGUUCAUCCCAAGACCUUCGACCGUUUCAAUGACUCGUUCAUUAAAUAUGUCAAAGAAAAGGUGAGAUCUAAGAUCUGUUACAUGCAAGAUCAAGCAGCUUCCUUUGUCCUCCAAGUCUCCGAGACAGACGGAGUGGACCGAAUCCUGCCGCACGCACUCAAACUAAUAGAGGAAUUGCUAGUGUGGAGCUGUAAAGAACAUCGGCAGAGAAAACGAAAAGCUGCUGAAGCCCAGCAUAAUUACAACAAGCAACAGAGAGUAGCUGUUAUCUCUGAUGCUGAUCAUUUCCAAGCUGUGGAGAAAAACACCACCAAAAAUCCACAGAACAGAGGGGCCCAAAGAGACAGGGUGCUUCAUACCGUCCACGAUGGGAAUUACACGCACUUCAAAGUGAACCUGUUACCGGUCAUCGCAGAGACACCAGACACUGAGGAGGCAACAAAGAUGAUAGAAGAGAGAAAUCUUGUUCCUGAAAAUCAGGACUCAGACCUGAAGAUUGUGGAUGAAUUCAUCCUGGAGGAUCUUUCAAAGAUCACUAAGGAAAAGGAGUCAGAUCUGAAAAUUGUGGAUGACUUCAUCUCUGAGGAGCUGUCACAGGUCAGAGAAGCGAAAACGACCAUCUCUGAACAACAGAGUUUAGAGAUCCCUGGUGUUUCAUUGGAUGCACUUCAACCAAUGGAAAACUGUGGAUCUAGAUAUCACGUCUCUCCACUACCCUUUGAACAACAGAAGAACAAACACGUCGGAGUCGCAGUUAAGAAGUUCUGUAAAAAAUAUAGUGAAGGGCGAUACAAGAGAGUUGCACCAUCACAGAAAGAUGAAGAAAUACCAGUUCCUUCAGUGGACGACUUCAUCCCAGACAAAUCAAACCUCUCAAAAGGGCUACGAUUGGUUAAUGAGGAGCAGCAACCAGAGAUGACCACAGAGGUUGUUGAGCCGCUGUCACUGGGCUCAGGCAAGGAGAAGCAGCUGUCAUCCAUCUUGCUGCUUGCUAAUGCAGUUGUUAUGCAGGCCGUAACACAAUCACAGAUAGACUGCAACUACAAAGUCUUCCAAGCCAUCACCAAUAGGCUGUCUGAGAAAAUCUAUGCCGAGCUCAUGGGACAAGAGUUGAAUAAUAUCCAACGUAGCCUGAACAAACUCGGCGAUGACAUAUUGAGAGGAGUCUCUAAAAAGUUGUGCUGUGAAAAAAACGACAUUCUUCCACUGUUGGUUUUAAAUGACUCAGUCAUAGACGAGGCAUUCGUUUCCAUUUUCAAAGAAAAAAUAUUGAAACCAGCCAAGAAGCCAGGCGUCAUCCAACGUUUCUGGGCCUCCGUAGAAAAGGCUCUUUUCAGCCUCCAAUAAACAGAACCUGUUUAUUCGAGAACCUGUUUACUAUAAAAAACCUUAUUUCUUAUUGAAGAAUAAGAAGUAAGGUUUCUUAUUUGUAGACAUGGUUUUCUACAAACCCUUCAAAAAAAUUUUAUGAGGGGGAUAGAUAAUAAAAUUAGCAAAGAAAUAAAACACAUUUAAAGGUUUAUUGGUGUUAGUAGGUAAAGUUUUCCAAAAGACUAAUAAAAAAAUUUUAUGAGAUGCAUAUAUAUUGAAACUUAUAUGUUAGGUUCGGUCCUGAAACAGUUAAUGAACAUAACAUAUUGAAGUUUCUUGGCCUUUGUAGGCAAGGCUUUCCACACAAGCACUUUAAAAAGUUAUGAGAGGCACUUUAAUUGGUUUGGGAAAAUAUGGGGAUUUUCUGCCCCACACAAAAAAGUUGCAGCCUGCACUGUUUUCUGUCCUGAGAUCCAAGAUAGGUGAUAGACUGGCGACCUCACCAUGGGGUACCCCACCUCUUUCAGGUGGGGAAGAAGAACCCCACCUGCUGAGGUACCUCCAGGUGAUAAUUACACAACCUGCUGAUUGUGUAAUGUUAACUAAAAACUAAACAGGUGCAGAAAUGGAGGAUUGGAUGGAUGGUUACUCAUCUUUCUGAGAUCAUUAAGGGAAACGUUGAUGAAAAAAUAACUUAUGAUUGGCUGCCGAGUGCCUAUAGAUUGGAAGGAAAACCAAAGUCCCGUCGCCUCCUUCCUGCAUCCUCAACAUACAGCAUACCAAGCUGUGCUUCUUUUCUUUUUUUUUCAUUAUUAUUUCUACUAUUAUUU